GUCAGCAGGUUAUAUUUACAAAUUGUCAGCUAUCCACAAACUUCUAUCCAUAUAGGGUAUAUUUUGGAUUAAAAUGUCUAGCUGGUUUAGAGGAAUGCAGUGUGUAGUGUACAGUAUUGUGUUUCAUAUCAUACUAGUGUCUUUAUCAAAAGCAUUUAAAGUUGUAGGCACAAGCGUGAGCACCAUGGCACUAAAUACAUAUUUUUUUUAGAUUUCUGAAAAGAAAAGGUGGAAACAGCCAACUUUUGAAAACAAAUAAUUUUCUUUAAACAUUAAAGCAGUUGCUUUGCAUUUGAUCUAAAAAUUUAAUAAGUAAAUGUGGCAUAUGCACAAUUUUGUCAAUCCUAUUAUGUCAAUAUUAUGUCAACACCUCUUUUGGUAGAUCUCACAGCUUGCAAGUGCUUUUUGUGGACUCCUUCUAUUCUUUUUAUGUGACCUUUCCCUCAUUAUUGUUCUCAGAUCUGAAAAUUCUUCUAGUUCUGAGAUCCUAUUUAGGAUCAACACAAAGAUUUUGAAUAUUUUUAAGUCAAGGGACUGUAAAAGCUGCACCAAAAGAUUUAACCUGUGUUUCGAUUGCAUGUGUUUGAGGAAAGUUUUGGGGUUAUUGUCCCAUAAAAUUCAAACACUGGAUGUGACUGCCUGUGUUACAUUUUCUUAUAGAUAGUUACUGAAUUCUGCCUAUUUGUGCAAUAUUUCCUGUGCCAGUGACUGCAAAUGUGGUUUUUAUCAAAUUCUUCACCUUUGUUUCUGCAAACAUAUUUUUGUUUAUUUUGGAUAAAAAGUAAUUUAGUUUUAUUUCAUAAUUUCCUAGAACUUGUUUCCAUGUAAAUAAUAAACCCCUGGUUUAUUUACAUGUUGUUUUGCACACGUCAGAUGUUUGUGAUGUGAUAACUUAAGUAAGAUUUCCCUCUGAUGACUCCUCCAUGCGGAUCAUGCUUGUGGAAGCAAAUCCUGCACAGUGAAAUGGUCCAUUAUUUCUAUGUCAGAUAAAAUGUCAUAUAGGGGAUUUGUAUCGCUUUUAUGCCCAGGUACAAACAGUUCUUAAGAAAAUUGUUUAACAAUAAAUUGUUUUAGUAUCUACAGUAUUUACCGCAAGUGGAAAAAAAGUGAAUAUGAAAAUUAAAGCCCAGAAAAUAGUUUUUAAUAUUGUCUUGGAGAACAAGUUACAGGGACUAUUGUAGAGUCAGAGAAAAGGAAAGGCAGAAAAUUGGGCAAUUUGGGUUUAGUCCAGAAAAAAUAGUGUAUGAUCAUAUCAGAUAAAGCUUUUCAGUACAGAUAUGAUUGAAGAAUUCUUAAACAAUAAAAUGCAGGUUGUAUAAGGGGAUAUAAAACAUACCUUAGCAAUGACUCACACAUGAAACUCACAGUAUGCAAAAGCAUCAACACUACUAACAUGCAAUGUGCUACUGUUGUCAUUUUCUCUAAUAACUCUGAACUUUUGUACUCUUUAGUACUCACUAAAGUAGUCAGAUUGUUUUAAUCAUACUACCAGCUUCCUACUGAGUACCCACUGCUUACACAUUCCAAAUUUGCUAGAUAGAACUUAGUAUUUAGCCACCCAAUAGGAGGAUGCAUAAAAAUGUUUAACAAUUCCAAAAAUUAUUUGUUCAACAAUUUUUUUCAGAACAAUGUGACAUUUGGAAAAAACAUAAAAAGUUAAAUCGCUAUUCAAGUGCCAAGAGAAGAUCGAUCAUAUGGACCAGAUCUGAGUUCCCUUGGAGCAAAAGUCAGAACACAUUUUUCAAGAAGAGAUUUGUUUUAUUUUAAACUGCACCGGUGUUCGAUAUGGUCAGGAAAAAAAACUCAACAGUUUUUGAUACUGACUCAAGCUGCUUUAGUCUGAAAGUGGUAGCUUAGUAGUUGAAGAUGUUGGAUUUUUAAUUGGAAGGCCAUGAGCUUAUAUUCUAAAUUCAUCAAGCUGCAACUGCUGGGCCCUUGAGCAAAGACAUUAACCUUCAACAGCUCAGUUGUAUAUAUUUAAGUAAUAAUUUGUAAUAAUUAUUGCAAAAUUUAAGUUCCUCUGGAUCGAGUGUCUACCAAAUGCAGUAAAUGUAACGUAAUGGUCAUAAACAUUUUAUGAACUGCCCUACAUUUUCAGUGGGUUUUUUUUUAUUUAAUUUAUAAACUUAAUUACUUCAAAUCUUCCAGUAAACACUGACAUUUUAAGCAACGACCAUUACUCAGCACUUUUCCAGCACUCUAUAUUAAGUUGCAUGAGGCUUGUAAACCUUCUAAUGAAGCCUGUGAAUUUCUAUCAAUUCUAGAUAAAGUGGCUUUUGUUGUUUCCAUUGACACUGUAAAUUCAACUGCGAAUAUGUAAUUCUGCAAACCCUAGCUUUCUAUUUACUUUGUCUCAAACUGAUAACCUGAUAUUGUCAUUCAUAAAUGUGAGCCAUUUACAAAGAAAGUAAUCAGUGAUAAAAAUCCACUGCCUAUUAAAUACUAGUGUAAUAUAUUAAUCAUAUACCAUUAAACCACACAUCUACAAUUAUUUUUCACACAGAAUAUAUCCAUAUAAUUGGCCAAAUGUAACUUUUUUUUUGGCAUUGUAUAGAUCACUUCAUUAUGGCCAGAAUAUGAAGCACCAAAAUGCAUUUAGAGCUUGUAGCUCCUGCUACUCCAGAUUCGAGCAUAUUCAUAACAAUUCUCAUUUGCAUACUGCUUUUCAAUUGGUCACAAAGUAAAUGGUAAGGAGCGCUGCGGUGUAGCCAUUGGCCCGAGAGCUAAGGAGGAGUGCAGAACCAUGAUUGAGAAAAUCUAUAAAUAGAACACAGACACCCACAGACACAGAAGCACCUGUCAUCUGUGUGCCAUGCAUUGCUGUAGCACAUCUCAGAGAACUAUCCAAUCCAUUAAGGUUAGAGCAGCAUUCUGAGAGCAUGUCUCUGGACACAAAGGAAAAAAAAGAGGUACGCCUGGUGUUCAUGGGAGCUGCCGGUGUGGGCAAAACAGCUCUGAUCCAGCGCUUCUUGCAAGAUCGGUUUGAACCAAAGCACCGGCGCACCGUGGAGGAGCUCCACAGCAUGGAGUACGAGGUGGCUGGCAUCAGGGUGACUGUGCACAUCAUGGAUACGAGCGGCAGCUACUCGUUCCCAGCUAUGCGCAAACUCUCCAUUCAGAACGGUGACGUCUUCGCCCUGGUCUACUCUGUGGAUGACCCCGCAUCACUUGAAGCCGUCAAGAGUCUGCACAUGGAGAUCCUGGAGAUCAAGAAGGACAAGUUCACACCGGUGGUGGUGGUGGGGAACAAAACAGACUGUAAGGAUGACAGAAGGGUAAAUGCUGAAGACGUUGUUGCCACCAUGGAGCUGGACUGGAACAACUGCUUCUUAGAAGCCUCAGCUAAAGAGAACGACAACGUGCUCGAGGUGUUUAGAGAGCUGCUGCAACAGGCCAAUGUGCCAAGCCGCCUGAGCCCGGCACUGAGGCGUCGCCGAGAGACCUUCCCCAAGAACGCAGGAGCACGGCCACCCAUGAACAAGACCAACAGCUGCACCAUGUCUUAAAAGUUCACAAGACAAAUGGGAAGUAUCCACGUCAAACUCCUCACAACAUGUGAAUCCUUGCAAGCACCACAGCAUCAAUGUUUUCAUCUCAGUUUUGACAAUAGACAGGAUUGGGAAGGGGAGGAAAAGAAAAAAACAACAACCCAACCCCUUUCAGAUGAAAGCAGAAACUGAUUUGUUUAAAAAGAUCAUACUGAAUUUAAAUUGCGUUUCGUUUCAAAUGUAAGUUGCACUGAACUUCUGAAGCUCUGUUGAAAGUUCACAGACUUAAGUGUUAAUCAGAUACAGAAGUGGACUCUGGUGGCCAAGCUUAUAAAAAAAAAAUUUAUUCUGUGAAAAAUAAAAACUUGUAUGUACUGUAGUGUAAAUGUCGUAUUCAAUACCAGUCUAAUGCAUUUUGUUUUGUAAGUUGCUUGAAUAAAAUUUGCAUUGGUUUGUAGGCCAUCGCUGCAGCAAAGUAUUGAGCCUGUGUCCUUGGUUUAAGUCUAAAUAUUGUAAAAAGUAUGAAUGAAUAAUGUAAUAUAACUCAUGUAGUUUUGAUAUUCUAAAGCUAAUUAUGUAUCAUAUGUUUUAUGUUUUGUUACAGUAUGAAUAAUAAAUAUUUACAUGUCUGACUGCA